AUGGCCCCUCAAUUGGAACCGUAUUUCAAAAAGGUCGAUGAAUUGGCCGAAUCCUUCAUUGAUCGCUUGCGGAAAGCCGUUGCCAUUCCUUCAGUUUCGGCCGAUGAAGACAAGAGACCAGAAGUUGUCCGAAUGGGCAAAUUCCUUGCCGAAGAAUUGAAAGCAUUGGGUGCCGAAGUCGAACUACGAGAACUAGGAAAACAACCGCACAAAGAACACCUCGAUCUCCCUCCCGUUGUCAUCGCUCGCUAUGGGAAUGACAAGAAGAAGCGUACCAUCCUGGUCUACGGCCAUUACGAUGUCCAACCCGCACUACUGGAGGAUGGCUGGGCCACCGAACCGUUCACUCUGACCAUCGAUGACAAGGAUCGUAUGUACGGCCGUGGCAGCACAGAUGACAAAGGUCCCGUUCUGGGAUGGCUCAACGCAAUUGAAGCACAUCAAAAAGCCGGUGUCGAGUUUCCCGUCAAUCUCCUAUGUUGCUUCGAGGGAAUGGAAGAAUAUGGCUCCGAGGGCCUCGACGAUUUUAUCAAUGCUGAAGCCAAGAAAUACUUCAAGGAUACCGAUGCUGUCUGUAUCUCUGAUAACUAUUGGCUGGGCACCGAGAAGCCAUGUCUGACAUAUGGACUUCGUGGAGUCAUGUACUAUUCUCUCGAAGUCUCAGGCCCAGGUCAGGAUCUACAUUCUGGUGUAUUCGGGGGUACUACCCAAGAACCCAUGACUGACCUGGUUCGUUUGAUGAGUACCCUGGUUGAUGGUAAUGGCAAGAUCCUGAUUCCUGGAAUCAACGAACAAGUUGCCCCUCUGACGGAUGAUGAGAAGAAGUUGUAUGGUCCCAUCGCAUAUACCAUGGACAAUCUAUACGAAUCGCUGGGCUCCAAAACCACCAUCUUUGAAGACAAGGAACAAACAUUGAUGGCUCGAUGGCGGUACCCCUCUUUGUCUCUUCACGGCAUCGAAGGUGCCUUUUCCGCUCCUGGCGCGAAGACAGUCAUCCCGGCCAAGGUGAUUGGCAAGUUCUCCAUCAGGACUGUACCAGACAUGGAAGGGUCUAAAGUCAAUGAGGCCGUCAUCAAGCAUGUCAAGAGCGAAUUCGCCAAACUCAAUUCCAAGAACACCAUUGAAAUUGCCGAACAGCACGGAGGCAAGUGGUGGGUUUCCAGUCCUAAGCAUUGGAAUUUCUCUGCUGCCGCAAAAGCAGUCAAGGAGGUCUUCGGUGUCGAUCCAGAUUACACCCGUGAAGGCGGCAGUAUUCCAGUGACCAUCACUUUUGAGGAGGCCACGGGCAAGAAUGUCUUGCUUCUUCCUAUGGGUUCUAGUACGGACGCCGCUCACAGUAUCAACGAGAAACUGGAUCGCCGAAACUAUAUUGAAGGAAUUAAGUUGUUGGGUGCCUACUUGCACUAUGUUGCUGAAGAGCCCAUCUCAGAGGGUUGA